GACCGUGAUAAUUUGACGUGGCCUGAGAUCAUCAUGUCGGCAAUCCACCGGCGAAUAGCUUCCCCAGGUUUCCUCAGUCGUGCAGGAGCUCGGAAUGCGAUUCUAAGGUCUACUUUCUCUGCUCUUAUCAAGCCUUCGAUGUUAAGUGCUCUCCGCCGAACUUCUCUGAACCCCCUUACCCUCCCUCGCACACGACCAAACUCCCUCCUACUCUAUCGCGCACUCUCGCAGCCCCCGAUGUCUGACCCCGCCUCUUCAUCAUCAGCCGAUGGGCAGCCGGCCUUCUCUAUCUCCCCGAUUCCUCCGAAUCCGCUCGGGGACGGAAAGUAUAUUCGCACUGCGGCUGCGCUCGUCAUCGGAGACGAGAUCCUGAACGGGAAAACCCACGACAGCAACUCGAACUACUUCGCCCGGUAUUGCUUCCAGCAUGGGGUCGAGUUAAAACGCAUCGAAGUCAUCGCGGAUGAUGAGGCACAAAUCGUCGAAGCGAGUCGACGAAUGGUCAAUAAUUACGACUUCGUGAUAACAACUGGAGGAAUCGGCUCUACGCAUGACGACAUCACGUAUGCCUCUCUCGCGAAGGCAUUCGGGCAAGAGCUCGUGCAUCAUCCUGAGACACUGGCGCGGAUGGCGGCACUAUCCCACCAACGCAGAAGGUUCGCAGAGCAAACACCGGAGCAAAAGACCGCAAUGGAACGCAUGGCGCUGUUCCCCGACCGUGCGGAAGUCCUCUUUGUUGCGGGCGAUAUCUGGGUGCCCGUGGUCCGUCUCGAAGGAAAGCUGUGCAGUUUCCCCGGCAUCCCCACCCUAUUCCAGAAGCUCCUGAACGGCUUAACACCGCUACUGCCGCUCCCGCCUGCGUCCGAGCGCCCGAGCCGGGUGCAGAUAUUCACUGAACGACCCGAAACGAUGAUCGCGCCGUUCCUCACCGCGCUCCAAUCGCGCGUCAACGCCGACAGAAUCCAAGUUGGAUCGUACCCUGUGCUUGGGCAAGGUGUGUUCGUCAGCCUCAUCGGACGGGAUGCCGCGCGGCUUGCGGCGGUGGCGAGGGAGCUCGAGGAGGGCGUCGAUGGGCAUGUCGUCUCGGAGGACGAGAUUGCGUCGCGGAAGGAGGGCAGCUGGAAGAAGGACGCGAGACCCGUCACUCCGGUCGUAGACAAGGCGAAGAUCUAAUCUUCUCAGUUUCCGGAAACCGGUUCUUCUUGUACAAAAUAUAGUGUAUUUUUCACCGGUCUGAAAACGGGCUGAUGGACAGCCAUGCGCUAUGAAUCUGAUUUGAGAUCCGGAUUUGGGGAUCCACGGUCUCUCCUGAGUUGGCGUAUGAUGGAAAGGGCGAUCUCCCUUACAACCAUCCGGCUUCUUCAGGUUCAGAGAGAAGAUGGGCAUGACCCCCAGUUACGAUUGAGGAGUGUUGCGAGAGACAAUGCUGGGUCACUUGUAACUGGGCUUGACAGUUGCUGUCAAAUAGACUCGCCAGAUCGGCAGGGCCAUAUGGUCGCGGCGAAUCGUCCCACAGGGUUUCUCCUCAGUAUGCUCAGUGCUCACCCACGUACUAAGAUACACGUUCUGUCUAGGUCCAGCUUUCCCCGAGUACGCUCACAUAUGCAUGGAGAAUACAUGUUCUGUCUAGCUUUUAACAAUUCACACUCAGCGUCGUCCUCGUCCUCAAGGACCUCGGGAAUGGCAAGGGCAGUCACGGCGGGAGAGCUACCUACUGGUUUAUCGUCAUCUGAAUCGUCUUCGUCACGAUCCGAGGCGCCUCUCUGUUUGCCCUUCUGAGCAGCUUGUCGCUUGCGUGUCCCAAAGUAGCCAUCAGGAUCGUUCAUUGAGGUCCAUUCGUUGGGUCUCGAGAUUGGCCAUUUUUCUGCAUGGGAGCGUCCAUGAAGCAGCCUUGUGAGAUCACCAUUGUCUUGUCUUCCCAUGAGAAUUCAGCUCUGUCGCCAACAUCACU